ACUUGUACAUAUUACCUCAUUUACCUCAACUAACCUGUGCCCCCGCACAUUGACCCUGUACUGGUACCCUCUGUAUAUAGCCUCGCUACUGUUAUUUUCCUGCUGCUCUUUAAUUAUUUUUACAAGCAUGCAUAAUAACAAAUCAACAUGCUAUAUUAAUAUAUGAACCUGGUGAAAUUCACAAAGUAUUUUAACAACUGUUACAUUCACCCCUCCUGAAUUUCACCAACCUUGUAAAACUAAACAAAAUAAUCUACCAAGCAUAAAAUAAAAUAAAUUAAACUAUUGUUGCAAACUAACUAGCUAGCUACACAUCUAACUGUCCAUCUAUGUAUUUACCCAUAUCUGAUUAUCCAUUGAUCUCAUCCAUGUCUUGACGACUGUGUCGCAAACUACGUACAAAAAAAACGUAAUCACGUAGGACCAAUCAGAGUAAAGUUACUGAGUUUUGACGUCAUUCAUACAUCUCCAUAUAAGUAAUUUCGUUGGCGUCCAUAUCGGUUUGUUUAUCCGGUGAUGUUCCCUUGAACCGGGACCAAAUCAACGGGCCACAGCAACUAAAGCUGGGAGUGGGGAAAUGAACGAUCUGUGAUGGUAGUUUUUUGGGGGGAAAAACGUACCGUUGGAUUACUUGUUAAAUAAUCAUUAUUCAUCAUGAAGGUGGGCUUUGCACUCGUUCUCCUCUGGUCUCUCCCAAUAACCAAUGUGCUUGCAGAGCUGCCUCAACCUCAGAACCUGACUCUGCUCACCCUGAACACACAGUAUGUACUGACGUGGGACUGGGACCAGACGACCACAGGCAACUCUGUUACCUUCACUGUAGAGUACAUGGCGAAGUACAAGAUGAAGAUGAAGAAGAAGAACUGGAGCCGUGUGUGUGAAAGGACCACACGCACCCGCUGUGACCUCACAGGUUCUGAUCUGCACUACCUGGGCAUGUACGUGCUCCGAGUCAGAGCCAGCGCAGGCGGAGUCAACUCGGACUGGGUCAACAAAGACUUCUGCCCUGAUAUCGAUGCUUCGUUGGGCCCACCGUCCAGGGUGGAGAUGGCUCCUGUGGGGAACCUGCUGGACGUGACCAUCUCUGACCCCAUGACCAGCACCCAGCACUCCAUGAAGGAACACGUCCUCUACCUGUACUACCGCAUCCUGUACUGGAGCCGCUCUGAUGACCCUCAGGGUCUGAAGCCUAAAGUGUUGGACUCUAGCAACAACCUGGUGACGCUGCCUGAGCUGGAGGCCUGGACGUGGUACUGUAUCAUGAUCCAGUCUCGCUACGACUACUACAACAAGACUAGCAGCUACACAGAACCCCAGUGCAUGCAGACGGAGGGUGACACCCCGUACUGGCAGAUCUUCCUGUACUUCCUGGUCUCCAUGAUGGUGUGUUUCCUGCUCGUGUUGCUUCCCUCCUACGCCUUCUUCAGGUUCUACAGAGUCCUCAAAAACACCUUUUACCCCUCUAUCCAGCUGCCUGCACACAUCCAGGAGUACCUCUGUGACUCCUCCCCUGGCUCUGACAUGCCCCGCCUCCUCACUGCUGAUUCAGAGGCGGAGCUGUGCUGUGAUAAGCUGACCAUCUGUCCUGAGGUGGUGCUACUGGAGAUACACGUCCCUCCUCCCCUCACAGCGCCCCCCUCAGAGCUGGAGCAGGACAGCGGCAGGCACAUCCGCCAGGACAGUGGAGACUCUGGAAUCUACUCCACAGAGGGAGGCUCCGCCCAGCAGGGUCGUAGUUGUGGGGAGCCAAUCAGGAGAGACCAGGAAGUGGACUCCUGGCAGACACUAGAGCAGGUCAAGAUGGAGGAGAUGGGGAGAGAGUCGGCUGACGAAAGAGAUCUGGACGAGGGGAUUGUGGAUGUUUGUGUCUGAGGACAAAUGGAGAGAGGAGAGCUGAGUGGAAAGCAUCAAUGAUGGUUGGCGAUUUGUAAUGAAGAAAUGAGAAUGGUUGCACAGAAUGUUCUCAAGUCUCCGUCUUGCUGUUUUUCCUCAAAGGACAGCAGAUUCAAAAUAUUGGGACUUUCAAGAAGCAAAGUGUCACAUGAUGUAAAAUGCAUCAUUGUGUGCCAAGUGACACUUUGCCAAGUGACACUUUGCUUCUUGAAAGUCCCAAUAUUUUGAAAACUUAUCUGUUGACAUGCAAAACAUUUUGGGACUGUAUCAUCAGUGGACUUAAUGAAUCCCAUGUUGCUGUGUUUAAUUUUUUUUCAAGGGCAUAAGAAACAAGCUUUAGAAUGUCAGAUUUAGUAUGGGGGGGGGGUUGACUUCAAGAUGUCUAAAAGACCCCAGUCCAUCUUGCUUUUCUAUGGCCGGUGUAAUGACUGACAUGUUUUAGUGUAGUUUGGAACACGUUUAUCUCAUCUCAAGACUCGGCUGGUCACAGCCAGGGGCGUACUUUCUGUUCCCAGUGAAUUCUGAGACCGUCGCUCCAUUUUAUAGCGUCCUGUGAAGUGUGUGAAUCCAGGGGGAAACAGGGUAGCUCAUUGUGUUUUAAA